UCAUCCGAAAAAUAAAAUAAAAUAGUGCGGAUCUGCCAUCUUCCACGCGCGUCCUCGGGAGAGCCGAGAGCGUCCGAUACUCCGAUCGCCACCACCACCUCCGGCAUCGACAUCGGCGACGCUCGUACGCUCACCGCGCCAGCACUCGUUGCUGCGUGUUUAAAGCACAGCUACCAGCUGCCAGCGGCCAGCGCUCUCUCUCAGUCUCCUCCCCGUUGCCGUGACCGGCCGUCGCUGUUCCUAUUUCUUGGCAGCUCCGCCCGUUUGACCUUCGGAGGACCGACAGCGACAACGCCAGUAGAUGCACUACUGACGCCACCGCUCACCUCUAGCUCCAGAGCCAAGGACGCGCGGUCCGGGGGUCCUCCUCCAGUUCCGUUUUCUUUGACCUUGGAUCCGCGGAUUUCGUCGUCUUCGGUGCCAUGGAUCCAGUCGGCGGCACGGCGGGGUAUCGGGGACCAGCGGAAGUGCGCGCCCGCGCGCCCGGCAAGAUCAUCCUCGCGGGCGAGCACGCCGUCGUCCACGGCUCCGCCGCCGUUGCCGCCGCCAUCGAUCUCUACACCAGGUCCUCCCUCCUCCUCCGCCCCACAGGAGAGGGUGGCGGCGCUGACUUCGGCGCGGUGGAGCUGUACCUCAGGGACUCGCGCCUCACCUUCUCGUGGCCAUGCUCGCGCCUCCGCGGGGCGCUAGGGGAGGAGAUCGGCGCCAACCCCGGGGCUCCGGCGCCGUGCUCCCCUGACCAGUUGGCCGCCAUUGCCUGGCUCUUGGAGGACCAAGAGAUCCCUGAGGCCAAGAUCUGGCUCUCCGCCGGCCUCUCUGCUUUCCUUUUCCUCUACACCUCCAUCUUGGGAUGCAGGCCUGGCAAGGCAGAGGUGACCUCGGACCUGCCCAUGGGUGCAGGGCUCGGCUCGUCGGCUGCAUUCUGUGUGUCCAUGUCAGGGGCGCUAUUGACAGCUGCUGGCGCAGUCAGUGUUGGAGCAAGCAGGGGUGCUGAGGGAUGGGAGGUGUUGGAGAAGGCUGAUCUUGAGCUGGUCAACCAGUGGGCGUUCCAAGGGGAAAAGAUCAUUCAUGGCAAGCCUUCUGGCAUCGACAAUUCCGUCAGCACUUUCGGGAAAAUGAUCAAAUUCAAGAAGGGGGAACUGACAAACCUCGAGUCUAGGAACCCAGUCAAAAUGCUUAUUACUGAUACAAGAGUUGGUAGGAACACAAAGGCCCUGGUUGCUGGUGUAUCUGAAAGAGCAUCUAGGCAUCCAGAUGCUAUGGCUUCUGUCUUCCAUGCAGUGAACUCUAUUAGUGAAGAGCUUUCAAGCAUUGUUGAGUUAGCAGCCGAGGAUGAGAUAGCCAUCACCUCUAAGGAGGAUAAGCUAGCAGAGCUUAUGGAGAUGAACCAAGGUUUGCUUCAGUGCAUGGGAGUCAGCCAUUCUUCUAUAGAAACUGUGUUGCGAACCACUCUGAAAUAUAGCUUGGUCUCAAAGCUAACUGGAGCUGGUGGUGGUGGCUGUGUGUUGACUCUAAUACCGACUUUAUCGGCCAAUAUUGUUCUAGAGAAAGUCACCACAGAGCUCGAAUCUCAUGGUUAUCGCUGCUUCAAAGUUGAGGUUGGUGGGCGAGGUCUCCAAGUAUUCCGAGGAUAACACUCAACCUAUUUCAAGGAGAUGUUGUACCAUACUUUUAGAAAAUAGCUUACCUGCACUGAAGCUGUUUAGAUUCACUUCUUGAAUUAUUCCAAGAUCAGAAUAGGGUAUUCUUCUCCUAACCCUAGCAUGAUCUUGUAUCCAGCUGUUCCAGGAUUAGGACGUUCUUAUGCUAUCCCUAGCACUCUUGUAUCAAAUAAGCUCUUAGAUACAUGAACAUUGUGGGUGUGAUUGUUGUAUCAAAUAAACGAACUUUUAGUUGCUCCAAAUUUUGUAUCAAAUGAAAAAUAUAUAUCAUUGACCUCAUAAA